CUGAAAUGCUUCCGCCUCAGAAAGCAAACUGUAAGAAACGGCCACAGGACUAAAUAAAAGCUAUAGCUUUGGAAACCCGAAGAAAGUCCCCUCCGCUGUCAGCAAAGAGGCAAAAACCCUAACCCUAACUCCUCUUCACUCGCAAAUCAGGAUCUUGAAGUUUUCUGACUUGUAGCCUUUAGCGUGAAGGAGAAGAUGGCAUCGCGUUUCUGGACACAGGGUGAUAGUGAAUCUGACGAGGAGAGCGAUUAUGGAGAUGAGGUUGAGGAUGGAGAAGCUGGGGAGUCGACUGCCCCAGCAACUGUGGAUAAUAAGUAUCUUAGAGGAAAUGCUAGUGAUAGUGAUGAAUCUGAUGAUCAAAAGCGUGUGGUCAGGUCAGCCAAAGACAAGCGUUUUGAGGAGAUGUCAGCCACUGUUGAUCAAAUGAAGAAUGCUAUGAAGAUUAAUGAUUGGGUCAGCUUGCAAGAGAGUUUCGAUAAGAUUAAUAAGCAACUUGAGAAAGUCAUGCGGGUGAUGGAGUCUGAGAAGGUUCCAACCCUUUACAUUAAAGCUCUGGUAAUGCUGGAAGAUUUCUUGAAUCAGGCUUUGGCAAAUAAGGAAGCUAAAAAGAAAAUGAGCAGUAGCAAUGCCAAGGCUUUGAAUGCAAUGAAACAGAAAUUGAAGAAAAAUAAUAAACAAUAUGAAGAUCAGAUUAAUAAGUACAGGGAACACCCUGAAAGUGAGGAAGAACCAGAGGCUGACGAGGACUCGGAAGAGGAGGAAGAGUCGGAUGUGGAGGAGGACCCUUCAAAGAUGGCAAUGUCCGAUGAGGAGGAUGAGGAAAAUGUCGAUGACCAAUCUGGGAAGGAUGGGGGCUGGGAGAAGAUGAUGAGUAAGAAAGAUAAGCUCAUGGAUAAGCAGUUCGCAAAAGAUCCUAGCGAAAUCACUUGGGAUAUUGUGAACAAGAAGUUUAAAGAAAUUGUUGCUGCCCGGGGUAGGAGGGGAACCGGAAGGUUUGAGCAGGUUGAACAGCUAACUUUCUUGACAAAGGUUGCUAAGACUCCUGCACAGAAGUUGGAGAUUCUUUUCAGUGUGGUUUCUGCACAAUUUGAUGUGAAUCCAGGUCUCAGUGGGCACAUGCCUAUCAAUGUCUGGAAAAAUUGUGUGCAGAACAUGUUUAUUAUUCUUGACAUUCUGGUACAAUAUCGUAAUAUUAUAGUGGAUGACACAAUUGAGCCUGAUGAGAAUGAAACCCAGAAAGUAGCAAACCAUAAUGGGCCAAUUCGGAUUUGGGGAAACUUAGUGGCUUUUCUUGAGAGGAUGGAUAUCGAGUUCUUCAAGAGUUUGCAGUGCAUCGAUCCACAUACACGUGAGUAUGUUGAAAGACUGCAGGAUGAACCCAUGUUUUUAGUUCUUGCUCAGAAUGUCCAAGAAUAUCUGGAGCAUGCUGGAGAUCUUAAAGCUGCAGCAAAGGUUGCCUUAAGACGUGUUGAGCUGAUCUAUUACAAACCACAAGAGGUUUAUGAUGCUAUGAGAAAGUUGGCUGAACAGACAGAAGAUGGAGGCGAGGGUGAGGAGCCUGAGGUUGAGGAAACUAGAGGUCCGUCUGCAUUUGUUGUUACUACUGAGCUUGUGCCACGAAAGCCUAUCUUUCCUGAGAAUAGCAGGACAAUGAUGGAUGCUUUAGUCUCCCUCAUUUACAAGUCUGGAGAUGAGCGGACCAAAGCUCGUGCAAUGCUCUGUGAUAUCUAUCACCAUGCUCUCCUGGAUGAGUUCUCAACCUCCCGUGACCUGCUAUUGAUGAGUCACUUGCAAGAUAAUAUUCAGCACAUGGACAUAUCAAGCCAGAUACUUUUCAACAGGGCUAUGGCGCAACUUGGUUUAUGUGCAUUCCGGCUUGGUCUAAUCAUUGAAGCACAUGGAUGUCUUUCUGAACUCUAUUCUGGUGGAAGGGUGAAGGAGUUGCUUGCACAAGGUUUUUCACAAAGCCGAUAUCAUGAAAAAACUCCUGAACAGGAAAGACUAGAAAGGAGACGCCAGAUGCCAUAUCAUAUGCACAUAAACCUUGAGCUUCUGGAGUCUGUCCAUCUCAUUUGUGCAAUGCUGCUGGAGGUCCCCAACAUGGCAGCUGAUGCUCUUGAUGUCAAGCGCAAAGUCAUUAGCAAGAAUUUUAGGCGGUUGCUUGAGGUAAGUGAGAGGCAAACUUUCACUGGGCCUCCUGAAAAUGUUAGGGACCAUGUGAUGGCUGCUACACGGGCACUUAGCAAAGGAGAUUUCCAGAAGGCCAUCGAUGUUAUUGAGUCUCUUGAUGUCUGGAAGCUCCUCAGAAAUAGAGAUGGUGUUCUUGAGAUGCUUAAAGCGAAGAUUAAGGAAGAAGCUCUGAGGACCUACCUGUUUUCCUACUCGUCCUCCUAUGAUGCACUUGGCUUGGACCAGCUGACCAACAUGUUUGACCUUUCAGUAGCCCAAACUCGAGUCAUUGUCAGCAAAAUGAUGAUUAAUGACGAGCUCCAUGCAAGCUGGGACCAGCCAACACAGUGUAUUGUCUUCCAUGAUGUUCAGCACACAAGGUUGCAGGCUCUAGCAUUCCAGUUGACAGAGAAGCUGUCCAUCCUUGCUGAAAGUAAUGAAAGGGCAACAGAGGCAAGAAUUGGUGGUGGUGGUUUGGAUCUGCCUCAGAGGCGGAGAGAUGGCCAGGAUUUUGCUAAUGUGGCCGCUGCAGGUGGUAAGUGGCAAGAAAACUCAUCUUUCACUCAGGGAAGGCAAGGUUCUGGCCGUUCUGGAUAUAGUGGUGGUGGUGGGAGGCCACAGGUGUUGGGCCAAGCUGCCGGGGUUGGCUAUUCAAGGGGAGCAGGCAAUUUGCGAGCAGGAGGUGGAUAUUCUGGAGGCGGACGGUAUCAAGAUGCUCCCACCCGCAUGGUUACUCUCAACAGGGGAGCCCGCGCUUGAAUAGUUUUUAUUUUUGAAAGACUCUUGGACCAAUUUUCAACUUCCCAAACUUUUUUUUUUUCAAUUUGGAACUUCAAGCAUGCAGUAUUUUGAGUAUCCAAUGGCGGUGUAAUCCUUAACCAUUUUCAGGUAGCCCUAUUUAUGAAUUUUUGAAGUA